GUUCGUCUGAAAAGUCGCACGAGUCCUGCGGAACCGAUCACUAAACCCACCAAAAAAAAAUCCUCAUCAUGAAGACUUUCGUCGCUAUCGCUGUCGUGGCUCUGAUCGCUAGCACUUUCGCGCUGACGAUUGACCAGAAAAAGAAGGCCGAAGGAUACGCGGCCGAGUGCGUCAAGUCGAGCGGUGUCCCGCCCGAGACGGCGGCCAAGCUAAAGGGUGGUGAUUUCGCCGGUGCCGACGACAAGACCAAAUGCUUCGCCAAGUGCUUCCUGGAGAAGGCCGGCUUCAUGACGAGCAGCGGCGAUUUUGAUGAGAAGACUGUCAUCGAGAAGCUGUCGGUUGACCACGACCGGGCGAAGGUGGAGGGACUGGUCAAGAAGUGCAACCACAAGGAGGCCAACCCGUGCGAGACGGCCUUCAAGGCGUACCAGUGCAUCUACGCCGCUAAGGGCGCCGCUUUCAUCAGCGCCUGUGAUAGAAUGCAGUUCUUAGUGUUUGCCGUCGUGAUUUGUCUGGCGAGUUUAGAGGCGCCCGUCGAUGCAGCAGCCGCAGCAUCCCCAGCGCCUCCGCCGAAUCUCGAAGAUGUGAGCAAAAUUGCAAACGGGGAAACCUUCGCCCUGGAGUGUUUGAUUGAAAGCGGAUUGAAGCUAGACUCGCUUGCGGCACUAUCGACAAGCGAUAUCGAUGCAACCGGAAGCCAAAUAAAGUGUUUGGUGAAAUGUUUCUUCGAAAAGACGGGCUUCAUGGAUAAGGAGGGCCGGCUGCAGCAGGAAGUCAUCACCGAGCAGCUGUCCAAGUUUAUGCCACGUGAGACCAUCGAAUCGUUGGUGAAAAACUGCAACUUCCAGGAGAAGGACGCGUGCGAAACCGCAUUCAAGGUGACGGAGUGCUACUUCCAAAACAAAGCUGGACUGUUUUAAGGUCGAUGUGUCUCUCGGAAGCUGAUAUCAGUUUCAAAAUGUGUACUCGAACGAUACAGGAAGCUCAAUAAACAUCAAUUGUGAU